AUGGAAGACGGCCUCACCUCUGAGGAAACAACUUUUGUGGUUGAUGACGUCAGCAACGUUAUAAAAGAGGCAAUAGAAAGUGCAAUUGGUGGGAGUAUGUACCAGCACAGCAAAGUCAACCCGUGGACCAACAAUGUAGUUGAACAAUGCCUAAACCAGUUAUCAAAAUUGGGCAAGCCAUUCAAAUAUAUUGUCACAUGUGUAAUAAUGCAAAAGAGUGGGGCUGGAUUACACACAGCUAGUUCAUGUUAUUGGGAUAGUAUUACUGAUGGAAGCUGCACUAUUAGAUGGGAAAACAAGACAAUGUACUGCAUAGUUAGUGUAUUUGGUGUGGCUAUCUAA